AUGGGCGCCAUGGCCUUCUGCACCAUCACCGCCUUUGAGAUCACGGAAAGCGGCUUCGAGGCGGUCGGGCCUUGCUGUUUCUCUUGUGCUGCGCUGUUUCGCUACGCGCUUCCAGAUCCAAAGGAAAGCCGGGAGCUGCAGACCGCUGUCCAAGCUGCGAGCCCUGCGCUCCUGCGCUACCAGCUGUCUGGGGUGGUCUACAGAAGCGGCGACUGGAGAGACGUGGCAGGACUUUGCUGUUUUGCUUUGUGGCUCCCUCUGGUGAGCGUGGCCUGCCCAGUGGCCGUGGCGGUGGCCCAUUUCGACAACGGCUUCCUCGUCGCCGCGGUGAUCCUAUGGGUUCCGAUGGCCGCGUACGCGUGCCUCUUCUAUGGUGGUGUGUCUUGUGGCUGCUUGGGGAAUCAGACGUGGCACGACAGGGCAGAGGUGGCUUUGAGCGCGAUCGUCAGUUGGCCAGAGUGGGUGCUCAAGAAGUGCAGCGGCAAAGGCUGGGCCUUCUGGCUGCAGCCCUCCAAGGAGGUGCUAGACGAAGCCAUUCUCUUGACCCACCAGCACACCAUCGUUUUUGAGGGCAGCGUGCUGCUGCCGCAACACGGUCACCUCAUGGCCUGGCAAGCACGCCUGGGACUUCUUGGUGGCCGGCGCUCGUCAAGAUCAACUUAG